UUGUAUCACAGGACUUCCUCGUUCGCAAGUGUAACCGAUGUAUUUUCUCUAUUAACCGAUCAUAAAUGCAGAUUGCUUUCUCGUGUGUCAACUUAGAUUUCAGUAGAAAGAAUCCGGUAAAACCGCGGCUACGAACAUGAACACGGAGAAGGACUUUUCGCCUCUGACGCCCAACAUCGUCAGGGCUCUGAAUGAUAAACUGUACGAGAAGCGGAAAGUCGCAGCGCUAGAAAUUGAGAAACUGGUGCGCGAAUUUGUCGCCCAGAACAACUCCACUCAAAUCAGACAUGUCAUCCAGAUCCUGGCCUCGGAGUUUGCCCUUUCCCAGCACCCCCACAGCCGAAAGGGGGGUCUUAUUGGACUGGCAGCUUGCUCCAUCGCCCUAGGCAAGGACUCGGGUCUGUAUCUGAAGGAACUUAUUGAGCCUGUACUCACGUGUUUUAACGACUCAGACAGUCGUUUGCGCUACUAUGCCUGUGAGGCCCUAUAUAACAUAGUCAAGGUGGCAAGGGGAGCUGUGCUGCCCCACUUCAACUUACUCUUUGAUGGUCUCAGCAAGCUUGCAGCAGAUCCAGACCCCAAUGUGAAAAGUGGAUCUGAACUCCUAGACAGACUGCUGAAAGACAUUGUGACAGAAAGUGACAAGUUUGACUUAGUGGCGUUUGUCCCCCUGCUCAGAGAGAGAAUCUACUCCAAUAAUCAGUAUGCUCGGCAGUUCAUCAUUUCCUGGAUUCAUGUUCUGGAGUCUGUGCCAGACAUCAACCUGUUAGACUACCUCCCUGAGAUCCUGGAUGGUCUCUUCCAGAUCCUGGGAGACAACAGCAAGGAGAUCCGUAGGACAUGUGAGGUGUUGCUGGGAGAGUUUCUCAAGGAGAUUAAGAAAACACCCUCCAGUGUGAAAUUUGCUGAGAUGGCCAACAUCCUUGUCAUCCACUGCCAGGUAGCAGACGAAACAAAGCUUACAAAUGACCUGAUCCAGCUCACGGCAAUGACCUGGAUGAGAGAGUUUAUCCAGCUCGCAGGCAGAGUGAUGCUCCCCUACUCCUCUGGCAUCUUAACUGCAGUGCUGCCUUGCCUCUCCUAUGAUGACAGAAAGAAGAACACCAAAGAAGCAGCCAGUGCCUGUAAUCAUAGUUUGAUGAAACUGGUGACUCCUGAGGAUGAUAAGGAUGAGGAUGAGGAAAGAGGCAAAAGUACAGGGACGCCAUCCAGGGAAGAUGGGCAGCCUAAGUCGGAGACAGACAGUGAUGUGUUGAAUGCUUCACAAGAAUCUGCUGGUUUCAGUAACAUCAGCUUCUUCACUCCAGCAAGUUCUGACAGGCCUCAGGUAACCCUGGACCUGGAUGGUAUUGUUCAGGUGUUGGACCGGCAUCUCCACGACUCCUCCACUGGCAUGAUGACUCGCAUAGCUGUGCUCAAAUGGGUCUACCACCUGUACAUCAAGACACCACGCAAAAUGUUCCGCCACACAGACAGCCUAUUUCCCAUGCUGCUCAAGACGUUGUCCGACGAGUCUGACGAGGUGAUACUGAAAGAUCUGGAGGUCUUAGCUGAGAUAGCAUCAUCUCCUGCUGGCCAAACAGACCAAGCUGGCUCUUGUGAUGGCGUUGACAACAAAGUCGAGCUCAAGGUCCCAGAGAGUGCCAAGUCAGCACAGCAGCCCAACACAGGCUCCAAAGCAGUUGACUUGUCCCCCUCCACUCCCAGUAUGAACUCCUAUUUUUACAAGUUCAUGAUCAACCUGCUGAAACGCUUCAGCCUGGAGAGGAAGCUUCUGGAGAACAGAGGAGCUUUCAUCAUCAGGCAGCUCUGUCUGUUGCUUCAUGCAGAGAACAUUUUCCACUCCAUGGCUGACAUCUUGCUGAAGGAGGAGGACCUCAAAUUUGCCUCCACCAUGGUUCAGACACUCAACACCAUCCUGCUCACUUCGGCUGAGCUCUUCCAGUUACGCAACCAGCUUAAAGACCUGCGCACUCAGGAGAGCUGUGCUUUGUUUUGUUGCCUGUAUCGUUCCUGGUGCCACAACCCUGUGGCCACUGUGUCACUCUGUUUCCUCACGCAGAACUACAAACACGCCUACGAUCUCAUCCAAAAGUUUGGAGAUCUGGAGGUGACAGUAGACUUCCUGAUGGAGGUUGACAAGCUGGUACAGCUCAUUGAAAGCCCCAUCUUCACCUACUUGCGGCUGCAGCUCCUAGAUGUGGAGAACAACCCUUACCUGAUAAAGGCACUGUAUGGCCUGCUAAUGCUGCUGCCACAAAGCCAGGCCUUUCAGCUUCUUUCACACCGCUUGCGCUGUGUCCCCAACCCAGAGCUCAUGAGGACUGUGGAUGGAUCCAAGUAUAUGGACACUAAACAGCAAGUGGUCUCCAAACGCGCCUCUCACACUCAGAUGGAUUAUGAUGAGCUACUCCAGCAUUUUGACCGCGUUCAGAGCAAACACCUGGAGGUUCGACACCAGCGCUCUGGACGUGCGUCUGAUCACUCAGACAGGAAGCUCGUGUGAAGUCAUUGUGCCAUAGUGACCUCUGACCCCAAAGGACAAAGGAGGAUGGCAAAAGCAAAAUGUUAACAAUAUAUAUAGAUAUAUAGAUAUAUAGAUAUAUGUAUUUAGUUGUUCUGAAAAGGAUUAUUAAGAUGCUACUGAAUCCAAAAAGUAUGAAGAGACUGUGAUUUAAAAACUGUCUUAUUUGAGAUAAACUGGGUAUACAUUGUCUAAAAACAACUGAUAUGUUUGUACAUUCCUUGCUGAGAGAGAUCGAAUGUUACGUCACAUAAAAAACAAGAUGUUUUAAAAAAGAAAUCACAUACAUAGCCAAAUGAAAUUUUCUUUCUGUGGAGAUUUGGAUAGUAUACAUAGAAUCUCAUACAUCAUACCUUGUGGUGUUGGUAGUAUGGCCAUAUUCCAAGUUCCCAUCAUGCCCUGCCAGCAGCUGAGAUUUGUUCCAGCCAAAUGAAACUCUCCCAAUGUCAAGUGAGCCUGAUAAGCAUUUCAGAGUUAACUAGCACACUUCUGUCAUUUAAUGUCCAUGUGAACCACAUUAUUGUCUUGUUGUAUCUGGCUGAGCAGUAUGAACAGAGCAUGCGUUCAGGGUUGCCUUAAUCUCUUGUCUGCAAGAAAAGAAACCUCACGUGUAUAGUAUUGACCCGGCUGAGCUGAGAUUUUAAACUCUGGAGGCCAUGGAUGCAUAAAUUCUGAGUAGGCACAUGUUGUUCCACCUCCAUUUCUUUGUCAGUGCAGCUGGCCAAAAACUUAUACACCUUCUUUUUACUUGUAUUUCUUCCUUAUCUAUUCUUCAGAUAAUAUGUAUCUAUGUUUGUACACUGUCUGUCUGCUCUUUAGACUGUUUGCGUUUUUGUCAUUCCUGUGUGAAAAUCAAUAAAGUGGACCAUGGGAUUAGAAA